AUGACGGCAGCGACAGCAUCAGCAGCAGGCCUGUCCGGUAUCAGCCUCGACAAUAUACGCCUCACCACGCCAGCGGACGACGCUGCAAACGACUCGGACGCCGACUCGUUCGAAAGCGCGGAUGAUGGACCCAGCAUCGCCGUGCAGGAUGACGACGAGCCACCAGCCUUUCCGAGUAUCAACAGCGCUCAGAGACAGGGCUCAUCUUCAAGUAAGGCGACUCAGCCUGUGUCAGCCCCUUCGAAGGCUGCCUCUUUUCUGCAAUCGGUAGCACCGCGGCCCUCAUCUUCCAACACCCUGAUGGCGCCACCAUCCUCGCUAGCACCGCCUCGCAGCGGAGGACUUGCCGCGCCACCAUCAACAUCGGCAUUGACCGCACCUGCAGGCAUCGGUGGCGCAUCAGGUGCGAAGGCACUAGGAGGCAAGAGUAGGAAGAAAGUGGCACUUGCGCCAGGGUGCAGUCCCCUGGACUGGGCCAGGCUCAAGAACAGCACGGAUUUGAGGGGCGGCGUCACCUCAUUGCAGAGAGUGACACCCUCCGAGCUCAAGAAGCACAACACUCGCGAGGAUGCCUGGUCGGCCUUCUACGGGAAAGUGUACAAUAUUACGCCUUAUCUUCCCUUCCACCCUGGAGGAGAAGACGAACUGAUGCGUUGCGCUGGCCGCGACGGCACCAGACUGUUCGCUUUGACUCAUUCGUGGGUCAACAUCGACUCGAUGAUCGACACUGCGAUGGUUGGCAUUCUCACGAGCGAGCCCUGA